GUCCGGAGAGCAGCUGAGAACCCUGUGGUGUUAACCUCAGUCAACAUGUCCUGGAAGCUGCAGAUCACACAACCCCAAUCUCGGCUCAGUCUGGUUCUUGGACACCAGAUGACCAUAGGGAAUGAUAGAUUGGCUGAGGCUGGGUCUCCAACGGAUGCUCUUCCCCAUCCGUUGGCUUUCUUGCCCAUGAGUGGGCGUCUUCUGAAAUCUGAAUCGGAAGAUUCUGGCGUGGAGUUGGCCAGUGGUGACCACGUCCCUUUGACUCCGGUGGAAUCCGAAAAAAGCUUUUCUCUGGAUUGCCUGGAUGGAGAUGAUUCUGUUCCAGCUGUUCAGGAGGGUCAUCCCCAAGAAAGGCCAGAAAUACUACUGCCCGUUCUGGAUUGUGCCUGGCAGGAUUUCUGUGUCAAAAGAAAGCUUGGCAACGUGGCACAGAGCUCUCAGAAGAACAUCGUGCUUAUGCCCAAGAAACCUACUCCAGAUUUGGAGGAGCUAAAGUCCUGCCACCACCCAUGCCAGCCAGUGAGUGUUAAAGGGGUUCUGGAUGAGGCUUCUGGAGGAUGCAGUCAAGCUACCUCAGGCGGCAGCAUCCUUGAGGAGAAGAAAAGAAAAGAAGGGGCACAGCAGCCAGCAUCCCGCCCCAUGCCAGGACCCGGACUACACUACCUGGAGAACCUCUGUAAAACCAUGGAGAAAAUUGCCAAACUUCAAAAGCUGGAAAUUCACCAUAAAUGUCUAAUACUGGAGUGCCGAGUCUGUACCCUGGAAGAAGAGAAAAAAGUCCGAUCCCUCUGGGGAAGAUUGAAGGGGCUGUUUACGAAAAGGAGAAGGGGAUCUCUAAAGCCUGAAGAAGUCAUCCAAGUCACAAUGACAAGUCACACCAGUAGUGACACCUCAUCCCAAAGCAGGAACAGUUGAUGAAGUUGUGUUACUUCAUUGAAAUUGGGCUUUUUUUUGUAUUUUUAACAGAUAACUAUAUAUGUGCGGCUGUGAGUUUGAAUAUAUUUAUUGUAUUUAUUGUACUAUAUUUAAAGAAG